AUGGAACAAAACAACAAAACUGAUGUCAGCUUCACUCUACAUCCAUGUUAUGAAGUGAUGAAUGCCUCUUACAUACGGACCACUAACCCUUCUGCAAUUUGCAUUUUAUUACAGAUUUUCCUUGCAUUGUUGUCUGCUGUCACAGUUUGUGGAAACCUUCUUGUCAUAAUCGCUGUUAUUUAUUUCAAACAGCUUCACACUCCGACUAACUACCUCAUCGUCUCUCUGGCUGCAGCCGAUCUACAAGUUGGAGUUUUAGUUUUUCCUUUGAGUAUGGUCUUCACUGUAACCUUGUGUCUGCAUAACGAAGACGUAUUUUGCAAAGUGCGAGGCAGUUUUGAUAUAUCGCUUAGCACAUGUUCUAUCCUUAACUUGUGCUGUAUUUCUAUUGACAGAUAUCAUGCAGUGUGUCAGCCUCUGACAUACAGAAUGAAGAUAAAUAAUGGCGUUGUUGUGGUUAUGAUGGUGGUGUGCUGGGGACUCUCUGCUCUCAUUGGAAUCAGUGUCAUAACAGCUGGUUUACACAAUGAAAUGUGUGAGGAAAAGUGUUUAAUUGAUGUGCUGAUGGCAAACACAAUUGGCCCAAUUUUAUCAUUUUAUCUCCCGGUGAUCAUCAUGCUGUGUAUCUACCUGAAGAUUUUUCUUGUUGCACUGAAACAGGCACGCAGCAUCCAGAACACAAAGUCUGGAGCAACAGUCAGUAAGAUGGAGAGAAAGGCCACAAAAACUCUGGCUGUUGUGAUGGGAGUUUUUCUUUUAUGCUGGACUCCUUUUUUUCUUUGUAUCACUUUUCAUCAGGUAAGUCAGAAUUCGGUCCCAGUUCCUGUGAUUGAAACACUUAACUGGCUGACGCUGUCAAAUUCAACGCUCAACCCGUUUAUUUAUGCUUUCUUUUACAGCUGGUUCAGAUCAGCUUUCAGAAUAAUCCUUUCUGGAAAAAUAUUUCAGAGUGAUUGUGCAAAUGUGAAACUGACCUAA